AGACCGAAGAGACAACACAUGCUUAUGUCUGAUCGAUCGGCAAUGAUGGGAUACACCUGUGACUUUUAACCUGCGCGAUGACAAUUAAAUUGCGAGUUGAAAAACUGGUAUGUCCUACCUUCAUAUUUGCACGCACUAUCGGAAUUCGUAACGAGACGUCAACUACAAAGACAACAUGUCGGUGAAGUAUGUGUACAUCCGCCAUGCCGUGAACGGGAUGCUAUUGACCGUGGCCGACAAAGGUGACCCCACCAACUCCCAACUCGUGCUGAAACCUAACAUCGGUGGAGAUGACAGUCAGAUCUUCAGGUAUUCGGACUCUGUUCUUUGCACUAAUCUGACGUCAGGCGACAGCGAGUUGGCCUGUCAGUUUGUACCAAACGACUGCUGCGCCAUGGGACCCUGUAAUAAGGGUUUUAACCAGAAGUGGUUCCAUGGCGAUGACGACAAGACUUUAAUGUCCGGACAGGACUCCACCCUGUGUCUCACCGCGGAAGGAAACGAUGGUGAAGCGGUCAGGGUCAAGCCCAAAGCCUACCCAAUCACCGCCAAGCAGCAGUGGGACGUCAUCCAGAUGUAACCAUGGCGUCAUUCGAAGUUAUCAAUGGUGUACAAUCAGGCUCGCCCCCGGAGCGCCGCCAAAAAAUGUAUACCAAGUUUUGCAUGCAUCUCGAUAAUUCUAAACAGGAAAAGAUAGCAAUGGGAAAAGAUGCAGGCUGUAUGUGUCUGAAUUACAUCUAUUGCUUUACUUGCAAGCUGUAGUUAAGUAUGAAUGUGGUAGGAGGCGCUACAGAGUGGUGAUACGACCUUCACUAUUUUUUCGGAUCUUUGCAGCAUGGACAUGAAUUCAUGUCUGGCGUGUAAUAUUUCAAGUAAGAUUCUACUUUAUUCAUGCUAAGUAUGUUACACUAUUGCUCCUAUUACUGUACUGUAGUAUUUUUGUUAUAGCCUAAAACGAGUCAAUAAACGACAGCUAAAACUUUCUAA